AUUGACAUACGGGAGUCUCGCUGUCCAGUUGAAAGCGUUUGGGUCCAGAUUUUUCGUUCAACAGCUCUACACUGCUCUAGAAGAUGGCAAGCGAAGAGAAGCUAGAAGUUCGAGACGACGACGACGAUUUGGAGGAGACAGUUGAGAAUGUUGUUGUGCAUAUACAGUCGGAAACAGAUGAGGAGGUGGAGGAAGAAGUGUGUGGAGAGGUUCAACCCGUUGAUGUUCCUGAGGAUGACGUGAAGACAGGUGACACACAAAUGGAUGCCGGAAAUGAAAGUGGUGGCAAUGGGAGUGAAAAGUUUGUAGACACGUCACGUGUAAAGAAUGAAGCAGACGAAACGUCGAUAAGAUCUCUAGAAACGAAGGACGUUUCUAAACUAAAAAAAUUUCAGUUUGAUAAUGUGAUGGAUAUUCCCAGUAUUGAUAGUCCUGUGAGUCCUCCUUCAAGCACUGGUAGUGAUGAUGAGCCAGGACAUCGUACUGUCUAUAGUGGAGUGACGUUUAUCGGCACAGCAACAGUUAAUGCUCCUUGUAGUGAAGUGGAACUGAACAGAGUGAUGAAUACUAUGAAGAAACAAGGUGGAGAGGCAAUCGAGGUUCACUUGUCUAUUCCCUUGUCUCAUACGGGCUCUAUUACGCUUUUCGAUGCCGAGACAAACUUUCCGUUGUCUGUUCAUCGAAUUCGUCACGUGCUCUUCUGUGCAAGAGGGAAAGAUGAAGGAAUGAAAGAGUAUUUGUCAUUUACGACCGGUUAUCGGAAUGCUGAAAUAUUUCAUUGCCAUGUGUUUCGAUGUGUCGAGGAAGAAUCGUGUUAUCGAAUCCUUCAAUCAAUUGGAAAAGCUUUCCGAAAUCCCACAAAGAAGGAAACUCCACCUUCCACGUUUGAGAGCAAUGAGUUUGAUUUUGACAUAACCGUAGAUAUUUUGGAGGAGGACAGCAAAGGUGGAUUCUCAUCUGUCACACGAGAUAAGGAUUGUUUCAAGGUUAGACAGAAUCUUUUGAAGAGAAUUGUGGUGACGAUUGUGCAGACAAGCAACAAGCUGCUAACAGUUCAAAGAUGUUUUGGUAUUCUUGUUUGUCCUGGAAGAAACUGUAAAGCUAGCAGUCUUCAUUUGCUGGAAAUGGUGUCUAGUGGUGCAGUGAAGGAUGGAAAGGCUUAUGAAGUUGUAGGUAUUUGGAAUUGUCAGCAAGACGAAUUUGCCAUUCUCAACACAGAGACUCCUAAAUCGUCAACUCUCUACUUGACUGUUGCUGUCGAUUUCGUGUUGGAGCAUAUUAAGGACUCUGUUAGAUUUGUUCGAGAGGUUCCAGUAAGAGUGUAUAAGACAACUGAAAGAUUUUGGCUGCCUACCAUCAUGAGACAAUCCAACACAGAAACAUUCCACGUGACUGUUAAAAAUGACAACGAAAGCAAGGAAACAACUGAUGGUCUCAUUCAAUACAUUGUCUCCAAACUGGAGAAUGUCACUCUGUCACAAAGGCGGAGAACCGGAUCACAUGGACCCUUUUCUGCUCUGUUGAAUCGUGUGAAAGAUACCGAUCCAGCGUCAGCAUCAGAUAGUGACCAAGAAGUCGAUGCAACUGAGGAAUGUGAAGACGACGAGCCGUUGAUGUCCGGUUCGGGAUCAGUGGAAACUGCGUGGACUGACGAUCAAAUUCAGUCGUGGUCGACGAUGAUAGGAAAAUGGGAUGGAAAGUCACGUUCCAAACAACUCGUUCACUUGAUUAGAAAGGGCAUCCCUGAUAUGUUGAGAGGCCAAGUGUGGCAGAUGCUGACUGGAGCGAGUGAGAAUCAGAAGCUCAUAGAAGACUUUCCAGUCUUACUAACGAAGGACACACCAAAUGAACAAAUCAUUUCAUGGGACAUUGACCGAACAUUCACCGCACACGAGAAUUUUCGUGGUGGCAAAAGCGACGGCGGACGUGACGGUGGACGUGAUGGACUCUACAAAAUUAGCAAGGCAUACGCAAUCUAUGACUCUGAGAUCGGCUACUGUCAGGGAUUCUCAUUUCUUACAGCCGUUCUUUUGCUGCAUAUGCCCGAGGAACAAGCGUUUACUGUGUUAGUGAACAUCAUGUUCGAGUAUGGACUGCGUGAACUAUUCAAGAAUAACUUUGAAGUCUUGCAUUUGUACUUUUAUCAGCUUGACAGGCUUAUUGAGGCUGAGAUGCCCGAUCUGCACAACCACUUCGCUGAAUUGAAAAUUGAGCCUCACAUGUAUGCAUCUCAGUGGUUUCUCACCAUCUACACCGUCAAGUUUCCAUUACCGUUUGUCUAUCGCAUCAUGGACAUUGUCUUAUGUGAAGGAUUAAACAUGAUCUUUAGAGUGGCAUUGGCCUUACUAAAGGCUUCACGAAGUCAGUUGCUGCAGCUUGAUUUCGAAGGUGUUCUCAAGCAUUUUCGCGUGGCAUUGCCGAAACGAUACUCAUCAGAAAAGGAGACUAACCAGAUAAUUGCCAUGGCAGUCAACAUCAAAGUUGACAGUAAGAAGCUGAGGAAGCUCGAAAAGGAGUAUCAAGCCAUGAAAGAAGCAGAAGCCGCAGAAGAGGAUCCUGUAGCUAGACUAGAAAGAGAUAACAAACGACUUCAGGAAACAAACUUGAGGUUGGAACAAGAAAAUGAUACUUUGGCACAAGAACUUGUUGUAAGCAAGAUAUCAUUACGUCAAGAGAUGGACAAGCUUGAACAGAGAAUCGAUAAAUUAAGCAAAGAAAGGAGAUCAGCAGUAGAAGAACGAGACAAUGCAGUGAAACAGUCGCAACAGUCUCAAGAAGAGGCAGUCGAGCUGCGGCAGCUUUAUCAGAAGACGGUGCUUGAGUUGGAAAUGGAACGACAACAUCACCAGGCAGAAAUGGCAGAGUACAAACAGAUGUGUCAGCAACUAGACGAGAGAAACCAGCAAGCACAGGACGAUUUGAAACAAGAGCUAUUGGAAGUGAAGGCUAGAAUGGGAAAUCAUGUGUCUGAUGCUACAGGUGAAACAGAGGGUGACGGCAACGCCACAAGUUCCACUGUUGUUCCAUCAAUGCUCAGCUCCGAGCAGCGUUUGCGUGAACUGGAGAUGGAACUCGCGCACUACAAGUUGCAGUUAGUGGAAUCCGAGUGUCGAGCUGGGGACUUGGAGCGUAAGCUAAAGGCCUCCUCAAGUCCUGCUGCUAGCACUAAGAAAGGAUUUCUCAGUAAACUGAAGAGUUUCAAUUCUUGAAUUUCAGGAAUGAAAUAUUGUUUAGAUAUGCUAAUCCACUGUACUGUGCUGUUACAUUGAGGGUGCACUACAAAUUGUACAGUGAGCAGUAGGGAAGUGAGUACAAAGUAUCUGAGAAAUUUCUCUAAAGGGAAGAGGGAAGACGGAAGACGUACUACACUCUUCCCUUGGUUAUUGAAAUGAUGACAGUGUAUGUAUAUUCUCGUAAGAAAAUGAUUCAUAUCAUCACAUUACCAUUGAAGCUAA